CGCCGCCUCCGCCUCUGCUGCAUUGUUAUCGCCAGUGCACGCAGUGACAUUGUGCACAGCGCAACAAGCACGCACUCUUGAGCAGUACGCACCGCGCACGCCCAUUGUGUCACACUCUCGCGACGACCCGACAUUGAUUGUUGGACCGACCGCCCCAGCCCACACGGCCACACGCCCGUGCCCCCCAACCAAAGGCGACUUUUGUCUUUGCUUCUCGCAGCGCACGCCUCACGCCGCCGCAUCAUAUCCCCCAGCAUAGCGCGCGCACGACAAGCUCACGUCCAAACCCCCCACACGCACGAGCAGUCCACUCUGCUCUCGACAUUCCACUCGCGCUAUCGUGACGAAUCUCUACGACCACUUGACGCACGCGCUCAACCCGAGCUUUGCCGACUAGACCUGCGCGUGCUCACUCUGCGCGCAACAUUGUCGCCACCUCGUACUACCUCGCAUACUAGCAUCGGCGCCCCCCCAACGCCUCAACCCGCCUCGAAGCGUGCACUCGGCGGCAAAAGUCACUUCCCCCACCCACCCAGCACCCAGGGACGACAACGCCGCACACACCGCGCAAAGCCGCAAACGCCUGCUGCUGCCCAAACACAUUUCUUGCGGCGAGCAUCUCGUCUGUCUACUGCUGCAGACGCACAGUCCUCGUCCAAACUAGCUGCAGGUUGGAUCAGUGGCAAGUCGUCACCUUGCAUCAUCAUUAUCAGCAACAACUUCACCACCACUUUCAAACGCUGAGCAGCACUCGGAAGCGCACGUCAUAGGAUCGAUCGGCCUAGAUCAGACGACGCGAUUUAUCCCUUCCCUCCCCCUCCUUUCAACCACCACCGCUAGGCCUUAGUAAUGUCGACGACUGCAGCCAUUCGGGCGUACGUCCCCCGCCCGUCGUCGGUCCCCGCGACAUCACCGAACCCGCCACCAAAGCGACAGAACUUUGUCCCGCGUGCGACGAGCACCAGCAAGAAUGGCAGCCCAGCGCCCGUCUCCGAGGAGGUCAGGCGCAACGCCGACGCCAUCUUGAAGCUCUUGGGCGCCCUUCCUGCACCGCUCGGCAGCAGCCCGACAACCAAGGAGCACGCGACUCCAUCUCCUCGCUCAUCACCACCCUCAUUUGGAUCUUUCAGGGCCUACGCCCGCGCGCAGAAGCGCAAGGCGAGCGACUCGGACAGCGAGUCGGCGCUCGGCCUCGGCCUCGGCCUCUCUACCAACACUCCCUCACCAUCUCCCCUCGCUCCCCCAGCUACCAUCACCUCGUCCACGACCUCCCCAGCACGGCCUGUCCUCAAGCGCGCGCGCACCACCAACGGCGAGGCAGGAGCUGCUCGCGCCGUCUCACCUGCCGGACACGAACUCGCACGCGUAAACUCGUCCUCAGGGUCCGUCACGCCCAGAACAUCGAGUGGAUUCCCAUCACACAUUGUCUCGCCCCACCGCCAGCCUCGCAGUGCACUCCGUAACGAGAUUACAACACCACGCGGGACUGGCGACUGGACAACAGCACAGUGGUCAUCGGCAUAUAACACCCUGGGAGGUCGCGCGCACACCCUUAAGCGCUAUGGUGAUGCGUACUUGUCGCCCAACACGGCCAAGGAGCCCCUGCGAGGCAAGGUUCCCGAGGACAUUCUACGCGGCGACCUGUACCUCACCGACUCGCUCUGCCUGUACCUCUACCGCAACUUUUGUGAGGAGCGCGCCAAUGGUGGCAGUGUCAAGACCAAGCCAUACCAGCAGCUCAUUGGCCUCCGCGACUUUGUCCUCUCCCGCUGGAACGACUUGCGCUCUGGCGACAAGGUGGACGAGGAGCACAAGGACCGUGUCAAGGGAAUGAUCGGCCUGAUGUACCUCAUUGAAGCCGUCAUGGACUACCACAUGUCGACAACCGACCUUCGUCAGCUCAACCGCCGGGGAAGGGACCUGACGGCUGUGGCCGCCGCUGGAUCGACGUCGUCGACUGGUGUGCCCGCGUCCAACUCGUCCGCCCACGGCCCCUCGCCUGCAUCUUCGUCUGCCUCGCCUGGCGCAGUGGCAAGAUCACCUGCAUCUUCGACGGCCCAGCAGCCCGAGCUUACAAGUGACAUGCUCAAGCUGUUGUCUUCGACGGCCUCGACCUCUGGCAGUGCUCAGAAGGCCCUCGGCGCGUCGCGCCACCACCUCUCGCUCAAGACCCUGCGCGAGGUCUUCCCGCACACUUGGGACCGUGCGAUCAACUCGGAACUUGCAGACGAUCUCCUUCCCGUCCCGGGCGACACGCUCGGAUGCGCCCGCGCCCUCGACAUUGACGAGCCCGACACGUUUGCUUGGCCCAUCGAGCUCGGUCUCCAGAAUGCCGUCGCGCACGUUGCCGUCUUUGGUCGUGCCCUCGUCCGCGAGUUUGCUCAGGCUGCCGACCGCCCAUGGGAGGCAGUGUUCAACGAGCCUUCAUCGCCAGAAAGCCGAUCGACAUGACCCGGGCGAUCAAGCGAUCAUCACUUGUAUAGAAUAUCUCUCUCUGUCUCUCUGAUCAGCAUCACUGCCUCGUUAUCACCACCCUCAUCCCCUUUCCCAUCUCGUCCACACUUCUUCCAUCGCCCCCCACCUCCAACUCGCACCUCGUCGCUUCUCCUCCUUUCCAUUUGCUUUUGGGCCCCCCCUUUCUCUCCACCUCCUAAUUGUUGACAUGGCACACACACUACGACUAAUUGUACCCAAACGCAAACGCAUGCACUGUAUACUGCCA